AUGGCCAACUAUGAUAUCAGAAUAAAAUUUUCUAAAGUUCUAAAUGAAAAGCACCACUUGCAAACAUCUUCUCAUCAUUUCUAUGGUGAAGAUAUUGUGGGUUUCCAUUAUGAGGUUUCAGAAUUAAGUAGAUUAAUUUUGACAAGUGACAAACUUCUUAUAUCGGUGGUUGGUGUGGCAGGCUUUGGCAAGACAACUCUAGUGAAAGGAGUUUACAACCAUUCAGAGAUAAAGAAAAUUUUCCACAACCGUGGUUGGGUUUGUGUUUCUCCAGAUUUUAAAGAGAAAAAUCUUUUAUUUCAGAUAUUGAAGCAGGUGACUGAGGUUAGAGAUGAAGAGAAAUUGCCAUUAGAGAAAUUGCAAGAGAAGCUUCGUAAUUUAUUAAACACGCAGAAGUUCUUAAUUGUCUUGGAUGAUAUCCAUGCACCUGCUAUAUGGGAGAAACUCCAAGUGGUCUUUCCAAACUCAUCGAGCGGAGCAGGGGUGAUUGAGGAUACAGAGCAAAAGGAAAAUGAAGAAGAAAGAGUGGUUUGUGAUGAUAGCAGGGAAAUAGAACAAAUAGUUGGUGGAAAUGAAUGA